UCUCAACCAUUGCCUGAUUUUGUUCUUCCUAACAUGGCAAACCAUAAUCAUUGUUGGUCUGGUUUUUGGCAUUUCAUAAAUAAAAUUUCAGGCAAUAGAUUUACUGCCAAAUGUUCCUAUUGUAAAUUCGAGCUACCUGGCAAACCUGACAAAUUGUAUACUCAUAUUCUUAUAUUCGGUAACUGGCCUAUUUCUAAAAAAACUAAUUAUAUUAAGAAAGCUACUAGUUCUUUACUUAAAUCUCAAAAGAAGGCUUUACACCAAGAAAAUUUGACAAGUUGGAUUGUUAAGCCACUUUUAUUAGAGAAACAAGCUAAAGUUGACAAAAAAUUGCUUAAUGCUAUUAUUUAUAGCAAUUUGUCUUUUAAACUUGUCAAAAACCUAUAUUUUUUUGAAUUUCUUAAUGAACUUGCCCCAAACUAUUGUCUACCUUCUACAAAAAUAUUGAAUACUAAACUUCUUUAUAAUUCAUAUUCUGCUUAUCUAGCUAAAAAACUCGAAAUGAUAUCAUCUCUUACCGAUCUUACUAUUAACUUAGAUGGAUAG